ACCCUCCACAGCUCCACGACAAUCCAUGAAACCUACGGUCACUCCCUCUUCUGUGUCCACAAAAAUUCCAGCGAUUAACCCUAUCCGUUUCUUUACGCGUUGUCUCUCCGUUCCUCUGACCAAUGAAAGACACUCAUCCUCUAAUCGCCGACCAGGAUGCUAUGGCUCUUCUCCGGACGAGUCCCGGAGGGAACGAUAGACUUCCCCUACCAGUUGCAAUAUGAUGCUAUAUAAGGGAUCUCCCUUUCCCCCUGUUUUCUCUUCAGGUUCCCCAGCUUUGUCCCUCGUAUCCCAACUCUCAAUUAUCCCCUCUAGUCUCAUUCCACAUUUAGCUUCCAGCCAUGUCCACCAUCCAAGACCCCAACCAACUUCCCUGGAACCCUGACUCGACUCGGUUCCCUUCUCGUAAAGAAUUGCCCAAGCUCCCUGGCGCGCCGGAAGAUGCAGCUUGGGUCUGGGGAAAGGAUGAUGCCAUUGGACGAUUGAACUUGUUGACCCCCACCCGUGUCAAAGCUGCAAUCCAAGAAGUCAAAACUGGUGAAAUUUUUCGAUUGGAUCUCCCCCUGGAUGUCCCUCAGACGCCGGCAUUUGGACGAGAGGUUUUCCAGCACAACAUUAAGGAACUCUUUCCAGGUGUUGCCUAUGAUGAUACAUAUAACCUGAACACACAGAGUGGAACGCAGUGGGAUGGAUUCCGUCACUUUGGCCAUAUCGAAUCCGGCUGCUUUUACAACGGGACAAAACCCUCCGACAUCUACGGCGCAAACGCCAACCUUAAAUGCAGCAUCCACCACUGGUCCACCCAUGGCAUCGCUGGCCGCGCCAUCCUUCUCGACUAUCGCCACUACGCCAAUACCAACAACAUCCCCUACGACCCCUACACGCCUCACCCCAUCACCUUCGCCGACCUCAACGCCUGCGCGAAAUUCCAAGGCCUUGACAUCCGCCCCGAGUCCCAAGGCGGCUGCAUCAAACCCGGCGACAUCCUCAUGGUCCGCUCGGGUUUCAUCGAACGCUACAACCAGCUCACCCCCCAGGCGCGCACGGAGGGCGCAGAGCGUACGCAGUUCGCAGGUUUGGCGCAGGAAGAAGCUAUCCUGGACUGGUUGCAUGAUUCCUAUUUUGCGGCGGUGGUAGGUGAUUCUCCGACGUUUGAGUGCUGGCCGCCAAAGAAGGAGCAUGGGUAUAUUCAUCAGCAGAUUUUGGCGCUGUGGGGGAUGCCGUUGGGGGAGAUGUGGGAUUUGGAGAGGUUGAGUCGGAGGUGUCGCGAGUUGGGGAAGUGGACAUUUUUUUUGACGAGUGCGCCAGCGAAUGUGGCGGGAGGUGUUGGGUCGCAUGGUAAUGGCACUGCUAUAUUAUAG